AUGUUUCCGCCCUCACUCUCUCAAUGCUCUAUCAUCCACUCAUAUCCUGUGGCCUGUCCUUUGGCCACUUGCAGACUGCAGCUGCAAGUGGUCAAAGGCAGUGCUACUAUUAAUUUUCAACCGCCCUUACUGCGCUUGAUAGUGCGCCUCAAGCUGGCGCACAUCAAGCUUUUGCUUGUUAGUGCGCCUCAAGGUCCUUGGCUAUCCAUGUCCCCAGGGAUUGGCGCCUUGAACUUUGGGAUCUGGGGGAUAUUUUUCGCCCCUGCAUUCUUUUGGCGCGCCUGGCUUGUUUGUUGGGCCGCCUUAUAUAUGGUUUUGGUUUCACUACUCCUUCAUUGGUUUAAUCUGAUUAUCAAUUACUUUGGAUUUUUGGUUUCACUACUCCUUCAUUGGUCUAAUCUGAUUAUCAAUUACUGGUGCAAGCGUGUGAGAGUGAUAUAA